AUGCAGGCUUGGAUGAGUCAACUUGUAAUGCAAUGGUUUCAAGUUUUAAGUUCAUACACUAUUGCAGUUGCUGCUAGAGUAGCUGCAGCUUUUGUUGGAGCUGCUGCAGCUUCUACUAGAGCUGUUGCACUUCUAUUAGAGAUGUUACAGUUACUGAUGGAGCUAUUGCACCUUCUGUUGGAGCUGUUGCUAGUAUUUUUGGCUAAGUUUCCUCUUUUGGAAAGUUAUGUGUUUACUCUAUGGUUUUAUUACAAUAUAAUUUUGGGAUCAAUAUCUUGGCCGCUUACUUAUAAACGGUUUUGGAAUAGGCUGUGGAGGCUGCCCAUCCCUCCGAAGGUGCGACACUUUGUGUGGCGGGCGAGCUCGGACGUUCUGCCAACUCGCGCAAACCUUGCUCGGCGUAAGGUUCACAUCGAUCCUAAGUGUGCGGUUUGUGGUGUACAUGAUGAGACCAUUAUCCAUAUCCUCUGGCAAUGCCCUUUGGCGCGUAAUGUCUGGGCGUUGGUUCGGGGGAAGCUUCAGAAAUGUGAUACCUCAGCUCUUGAUUUCCUUAGCUUGGCUCGGGCAUUGUCGGAGAAGCUAAGCAGGCAGGAGCUUGACACUUGGGCAAUGGUGGCUUGGUCCAUUUGGAACGCGCGAAACCGUCUCCUGUUCGAAGCAGUUCAAACUCCUCCGCAGAUUAUCCUUAAGGGGGCUGUCUCGUUGCUGGAGGAGUACCAACGGUUGGCCAAUAGUAGGCUUCGCACCUGA